GCCAAGACAAAUGAGAUUUUUUGCAUUAUCCGCAGUAGUGAUUUCAGUGUUAUCUGUAUUCACAGAUGCUGCUAUUACCAGAGUUGCUAUCAAAAAGGUAGUUGAGACUCCCUCUGAAAGACUCGAAAGAUACUCUCAUACGGGAGAAUACUUGGCUCAAAAAUACUUUAAAUCUUCUCAACGUACAAACCAAGUGAAUACGUUCCAAACAAAUGCAGAUGGUACAGCCAAUCAUGGUAUUCCUCUUUCCAACUACAUGAAUGCCCAAUACUAUGGUGAGAUCCAAAUCGGUUCUCCCGCCCAAACUUUCUCUGUAGUCUUUGAUACAGGAUCUUCCAACCUUUGGGUUCCUUCUACCCAUUGUAAUUCUAUCGCUUGUUUCUUACACAACAGAUACGAUUCUGGAAGAUCUAAGUCUUUCUCGGAAAACGGUACCGAGUUUGCUAUCCAGUAUGGAACAGGUGCCUUGGAAGGUUUCAUCAGCGAGGACACGCUCACAUUGGGUAACAUCAAGAUUGAAAAUCAAGGCUUUGCUGAAUCUGUAAAAGAGCCCGGAUUUACUUUUGCAUUUGCUAAAUUCGAUGGUAUCCUUGGUUUAGGCUAUGAUACCAUCUCUGUUCAACAUACCGUACCACCAUUUUAUCAUAUGGUGAACCGUGAUUUAAUCGAUGAGCCCAUGUUCUCGUUCUGGUUGAAUGAUGCUAGCGAUGAAAGUCAAGGUGGAGAGCUUGUAUUUGGUGGCACUGAUCCUCGUCAUUACAAGGGCGAGAUUGUUUGGUCAGAUGUCCGUCGUAAAGGCUACUGGGAAAUCACAAUGCAAGAUAUCAAAUUUGGCGGAGAAUCUAUUGAAUUGGAUCCUAUUGGUGCUGCCAUCGAUACGGGAUCCUCUCUUUUGGUUGCCCCCACGACCAUCGCUGAUUUGAUCAAUCGUGAAUUAGGUGCCGAAAAGAAUUGGGCAGGACAAUACGUUUUGGAUUGUGCUAACGUACCUGAUCUUCCCGAAUUCUGCUUUGUCUUUAGCGGCAAAGAUUUCUGUUUGCAAGGUUCUGAUUAUGUAUUGCAAGUACAAGAUCAAUGUAUCUCUGGUUUCAUGGGCAUGGAUAUUCCUGAACCUGCUGGUCCUCUUUGGAUCGUAGGUGAUGUCUUCCUUCGUAAAUUCUAUAGUGUUUAUGACCUUGGUAACCACAGAGUUGGUCUUGCCAAGUCCAAAUAGUUUCUUAUAUAUACAUACAUCUAUCUAUCUCUUUUUUCUUCUUAUCUCUCUCUUUUUUUUUUAUUUCUUUUCAAAUGCAAAUGCUAAAUAAAUACCAGCGGCUUCCCACUCUUCUUCUGUCAUU